AUGUCUUUUGAAAAAGAUCAUGACCUUGAACUCUACUGUCAAGGACAUGGAAAUCCUCAACCGGAAGUCACGUGGUACAAAAAUGGUGCCAAGCUAAAGAAAAUAUCGGUUUUCUUGAGAAACAAUAAAAAGAAAACUAUGAGGAUGAUUGUUAUUGGCGAUAAUGAUACUGAAGAUGGUGGUGGUGAUGAUGAGGAGGAGGAAGAAGAAGGAGAGGAAGAUGACGAAGAGGAAGAUGACGAAGAGGGAGAAGAGGGUAGUGAUGAUGAUGAUGACAUUCAAAAUGAAAACAGUGACCACCAAACAAAAACGAAAAGAAAUGUACUCUCAAAUCUGAAAACGCACGUGGACCCCGACAAAACUCUUCACAGAAGGAGUCGUGAUCAUCAUCAUCAUUUCAACAAACAAUGGAGAAGAAACAUCAACAACAACAACUACAUCAUCAAUAAGGGAACAAAGCGCUCCACAAAAACAACCAACAAAUUUCAUCAUCAUCAUCCUCAUCAAUUUCGUCAUCUUCCUCAUCAUCUUCAUCGUCAUCGUCGUCAUCUGACAUCUAGCGACAAAGGACACAGCCGUUUGAAAAUAAGUCCAGACCGAACGAAGCUGACCAUCUCAAAGUUGAGGAGCAGUGACGGAGGAGUGUACGUCUGCAAACUCAGCAACCAGGCAGGAAGUGCCAGCAAGGAGACCAGGCUCAUAGUUCAAGACACCCUGGACAUCAUCUUCCGGCAAACGAACGUGACAGCGACGGAAACGGAAACGACGACACUCGACUGCAACUUCUCCAUCGACAGCAGCCACAACCGCCAUCACCGCAUCACUGUGACCUGGUACAAAGACGGUCUCAUGCUCUUUAGGAAAAAAAUUUCAUCUCAAUCAUCGUCGUCAUCGUCGUCGUCAUCUUCGCCAUCAUCGUUGUCAUCAAUCAAGUAUGGAGUCGAUGAGAGAGGUGCCCUGACCUUGAACUACGUGACUCCGGAUGACGAAGGUCACUACGUGUGUGACGUCAUGCAUGAUAAUGACCACAAUGGUUAUGGUGAUGAGGACAAUGGUAACGGUCAUGAUGAUGGGGAUGAAGAAGAGGAAGAGGAGAUGAACGUAGCAACAACCAUAGCAUUUAGAUCCUAUGUUAACGUCAUUUCUAUCAUCAACUUCAACUUUGUUAUAACCACCCCUUUCCACCGUCCAUCCAUCACUGUCAUCCAUCCUGCCAACGAUCGCCCCGCAGUCACUCCACGCGUCCUUGAAAUGCCCUUGACAUUGAACUUCUGCAAAGGUUUAGACGCCACUCUGGAAUGCAAGGCUAUCGGCAAACCAGAUGUUUCUAUGGUCGUCUGGACGAAGAAUGGCAAAACUCUGGAAGCGCACCCAACAGCAGCAACAGGAAACAGAAUUGAGAAGAUGAACAUUACAAACUUGCUGAUAAGGGAGAUUAGCGAACAAGAUGCUGGGCUGUACACAUGCACAGCAUACUCAUCAAUGGGAGCAGGUCAAAGUUCAACUCCUGUCGACGUCACCGUAACAGAUGUUCCAGUGAUAAUAAGACGACCACAGCCCCAACACAUCCGGCUAACACGGAGACACCCAACCAUAGUGCUGCCAUGCAGUGCCCUGGCCAGCCCCAAUGUCAAGAUCUUCUGGCUCAAAUUCGAUGAAAGAAUUGGAUUGUGGACACAAGUGCUUUCCAGCAACAACAACAACAACAACAACAUUAACAACAACAACAACAUCAACAACAGCAAAAACAGCACUAUCAACAACAAGAAUUUUAAAAAUAACGUUAACAGUAGUAGCAACAGUACCAUAAAGAAGAGCAGUCUGGGUGAAAAUCGCAACAAUAACAACAACAAAAAUAACAUCAACAAGCUCAUCUACGAUAUCCGUCACGAUGCUGACAGUAACAACAAAAACAUCAACAACAACAAUAGUUAUAUUAACUCGAAGAAGAGCAGACUGACAGAUAUGUUUAUAAUCUCUAGUAUCAACAACCACUCUCAAAAUCAUCUUCACCACAACAACAACAACGUUAACAGCAACUACAACAACAUCAUCAACAACAACAUCGUCAUAAAGAAUGUGGAUUAUGAUGACUCGGGCAAAUAUAAAAGCGAAUGUAUCACGACGUCCCAAAGUAAUAAAAACAACAUCAACAACAACAACAAUUUCAACAAUUUCAACAUCUUCAACAACAAUUUCAACAUCAACAACAACAACAUCAAUAACAACAGCAACAACAACAGCAUCAACAGUAACUUCAACAACAUCAACUUCAACAACAUCAACAUCGACAACAACAACAACAGCAACUACAACAUUAACAUCAAAAACCACCUCAACAUCAACAACAACAUCAACAACAUCAACAACGUCAACAAUAACAGCAACAACUACAAAGGCAUCAUCACCAACGUCGAAUUCAACAACAAAAAUCAAAUCAACGUAAACAACAACACCAUUUUAAACAACCGCACAAACUACACUAGCAACAACAACAUCAACUACAACAUUAACAGCGAAAACAUCAGCAACAACAACAUCAACAACAACAAUAGCGUCAACAACAACAAUAGUAUCAACAAUAACAACAUCGAUAUUAAUGUCUGGCAGGAAUUGCACAUUAAAAUGAAAUCGCCUUCUUGGAUUAAAUUCAGUAAAAAGAAAAACAACAACAAAAAACGCAACAACAAUAACAACAACGACAGCAACAAACACUUCAAAACCAUCAUUAAUAAUGAGAUGCAUGGCGAAAAAAGUAUCAUCAACAACAACAACAUCAACAACAACAUCAACAACAACUACAUCAACAACAACAACAACAUCAACAAAAACAACAUCAACAACAACAACAACAUCAACAAAAACAACAUCAACAACAACAACAUCAUCAACAACAUCAACAACAACAAUAUCAACAACAACAUCGUGAACGACAAAAAUAACAAAAACAUUAACCAUAACAUCAACAGUGAAAAUAACAACAUCAAAAACAAAAACAACAACAAUAGCAACAACAACAACAUCGUCAGACGUUGUUUUCUUUCGUUAAUAAUAGAAGCGAGAAAAUACAUCAAAUCAUCAUUAUCAUCAUCAUCAUCGUCGUCAUCAUCAUCACAUUUUUUAUCAAUGACUAGUGAUAUUAUCGUUAUUGAAGUCGACAAGGAUGUUGUUGAUGAUGAUGAUGAUGAUGAUGAUGAUGUUGAGGAGGAGGAGGGUGAAAAAAAAUAUGAAGAAAUCAAAUGCAAUGAAGUCACGCACGUUUGCUCCGAGACUUCGACAUAUUUCAAGAUAAACGACCAAAAUGAUGUCACCGGAAGUAGAGAUGUGCCGACUGAAAAUAGGAAUGUUCCAAACAAAAACAGGGAUGUGCUAACCGGAAAUAGGAGAGCAUCUACGAAGCCGGCAGAGGAUAGUUGUGGUGAAUGCGAUGACGACAAGAACAAUGUCAGCAACGACGGGGAUCAUUAUCAGUUUCACAAGCAUCAUUAUCAUGACCGUCACAGCAGUGACGAUGGUAAUGAUAAUGAUAAUGACGACGACGACGACGAUGACGUUGAUGGUGACGUAAGAAGGAAAGAUCAAUCGCUGCCACUGAAGAAGGCACUUCAUAGCAAGUAUCAGUUUAAGAACCCUUCCGAUGUUCAUAUCAGCAACAACAACUACAACAACAACACGAAUAACAUAGGCAACAACAUGAGUAUUAACAACGUAAAUUUCUACAACAACAGCAACAACAAUCACAACAACACACUUAUUUACUACGGUAACAGACACAACAAAAACAACAACAACAACAAUUCCAACGUUAUUAACACGGCCAUCAAUUCAAUUGAACAACUUGGAAUUUCCCUCAUAAACAAAAACGCCAACAACAACAGCACCAACAGCACCAACAACAACAAAAACAUCAACAAAAACAACAACUUCAAUAGCAAAGACAGACCAGCGAGCGUUUUACUAAUAGUCGAUGGCGUCAAAUAUUUUGCAACUAAUUCAACUGUUGAUUCGUUCGAUAACUCAGCUCAAAGCAGGAAGAAUCUUGUUGGGGGUGAGAAUAUUUUAUUUAUUCACACUAAUUUGUGA